AAGUCGAGGCAAAGCAGGCGCCCCGCACCUGGCAGCUCUGCCCUCCUCGGGAGGGCUGCCGAAGGCACCCGUCCGGAUUGGCAGGAGCCUGCGCCCUCCUCUUCCUCCUUUUCCCUCCUCCGCAGGGUGGGUUUCGGCCCUCCUCCUUCCUUGGGGAAAGGGGGAGUAGUUUAAAGAGAAAAAAAAAGAAGAGAGAAAAAGAGAAAGGAAAUCCCAAGUCGCGUCCCCGACGUCUCCGGGCCCCGCGGCCGCCCCACAUUCCUGGCAUUCCUAAGCCGUGACUCCCCGCGCCGCCCCGGCCCCAGCCCUGCCCCGGCCCCGCCGCCUCCGGCUCGCCCGCCACUGGCCCCACUCGCCCCCGCGGGACACCAGUCCCCUCCUUCCUUCCCUUACGCUCAGCCUCCCUCCUGCCCGCACCCCGCGGGCGGCAGCCGAGCUCAGCGCGCCCCGGCCCCCCCCCAGCUCCCGGCCGCCCCGCCGAAGCUCCCCGCGGUGGCCGGGCCGGGGCGGCGGGAGCGGGUCUGCCUCCCCUCCAGCCUCCCUUCCCGUUCAGCCUGCUGCGGGAGCGCACAACGCCGGAGCCGCCGCCGAGCAGGAAUCCCUUGAAGCUCUCCCUGGGAAUGGACAGCUACCUCUAUUUCUGGAGGAGAGUCGUGGCACUUGAAGAAGCCUUCAAGGCGAGUCGACAAGGGUGCUGAUAACUCUGGGAAGAGCACAGGGAAGGGGCCGCCUUCCAGGCCAGCAGCCAUGCCUUUCGGGCUGAAGCUGCGACGGACCAGGCGCUACAACGUCCUGAGCAAGAACUGCUUUGUGACAAGGAUCCGUCUGCUGGACAGCAAUGUGAUCGAGUGCACCCUCUCCGUGGAGAGCACGGGGCAGGAGUGCUUGGAAGCUGUCGCUCAGAGGCUGGAGUUACGUGAGACACACUACUUCGGCCUUUGGUUUCUCAGCAAGAGCCAGCAAGUCCGCUGGGUUGAACUGGAAAAACCUCUAAAGAAGCAGCUGGACAAAUUUGCCAAUGAGCCUUUGCUUUUCUUUGGGGUGAUGUUCUAUGUGCCCAGUGUUUCCCGACUGCAGCAGGAGGUAACAAGAUACCAGUAUUACCUACAAGUGAAAAAGGAUGUUCUCGAUGGCCGGCUGCUUUCUUCAUUGGAGCAGGGAAUUCGACUAGCUGGUUUGGCAGUGCAAGCGGAUUUUGGAGACUAUGAUCAGUUUGAAUGUCACGACUUCCUCCGGGAAUAUGUCUUGUUUCCUAUGGAUUGGACCCAGGAUGAAGCUGUCUUGGAGGAGCUGACUCAGAAGGUUGCUCAGGAGCACCGAACUCACAGUGGCAUUACAGCAGCAGAGGCUGAGCUUAUGUACAUCAGCGAAGUGGAACGCCUCGAUGGGUUUGGACAGGAAAUUUUCCCUGUGAAGGAUAAUCAUGGAAAUGACAUACACCUGGGUAUUUUCUUCAUGGGAAUCUUCAUAAAAAACAGAAUUGGAAGGACAACUGUGAUCUAUAGGUGGAAUGACAUCGGGAAUAUAGCACAUAACAAGUCUUCCAUUGUUCUAGAGUUGAUCAACAAAGAAGAGAAUGUGCUCUUUCACACAGAUGAUCUUGAAAAUGCCAAGUAUAUUUCACGGCUGUUUGCAGCACGACACAAGUUUUAUAAACAGAACAAAAUAUGCACAGACACAUAACAUCAUUCACUAGAUCAGAAACUGUAAGAGGACAAAUCCCACCUUUCCUCUCUUCACGUAAGCACUAUAUUUCUGCCUCCUUCACCUCGUUUCUCUCCCUUCCUCAUUUUGUAUUUCCUCCUACACUCCGUGUUGCUUCCACUGCACCUGGCUACUCUAACACUGUAUGUGCUUCUGCUAGUUUUACCUAACCAAUUGCUUUUUUCCCCUUCCUGAUCUGUUGGCAUUGCUUUGAAGUGAUUGCUAUGAAUUUCAUCCAAUAGUUGUUGCUUUAAUGUUCGCUGUAAGUCACCUGAGAACUGUGCCUGUGUUCACAUUUGUUGCUUAAGAGACUUGUUUGAUUAAUUUUUAAGCCAGUUUUUCUUGUGUUUCCAAGUUAGCCAAGUAGGAUAAUGAACAGAAGGCAUGUGUGUUUUGGAACUGGAAUACUUCCUGUAUUUAGAGAAGAACUGGAAUUCUUUUCAUUUCUUCAUUAUUUUCAAUCUCAUUAAUGAGCAAUACAUAAAAAUUCUUCAUCUCUCAUUUCUCCUA